AGCAAUUUUCAAUAAAUUUUAGGGCCACAUAGCCCAAAAUAUCACCUUUCAUUCCGAUCCACCAAUAGUGAGUUUCCAAGUUCUUGUACAUUUUGGUGCUACCCAAGUGUAUGGUAUACGGAGAUCGGUGUGCGCCCUUUAAGAUUUUCUCUCGAAUUUGCGGGUCACUAGACAAACUCGUACUCCUCCGAAACCGCAAGAUCUCCAUUGGAGUCCAAGCUUAAAGUCCUCCGCACCCUAGCCCUCUAUAUCAAACCGCACCUUUUGGAGUUUCACAUUUGAGUAUACAAUUUUUGGAUUUUUGAGGGACCUAAGCGGCAUUGUUACACCAUAUUGUAUAACCCCUCAUCACCUCACUUGUCUCCUCUGGUGCUGAAGUUAGAGAGAGGAGAAGCUUGCGUCUUGGACCUAGAAAGGAGUUUGGAAGUGAAGGAAGAAGUUUGUUUGAGGAUUUAACUCCAACCCUAGCAUCACAUACUUUGGUUUGGAGUUCUAAUUAAGCGGCGACAAGCACGUCGAUCUAAAGAACGUGCAGGUGGACAUGCACACGGCCAGAACCCUGCUCGUCCAAAAGUUUCUUUCGGUGAUUAGUAAGCAGCUGAUGAUUUUCGGGCGCGUCAUCGAGCUCCUGCUGAACUUGAUUUCCAUUAAUGGUGGAACAAUAAGUUUGAUGUGGAAAGCUCUCACAGGUUCGAUCAAGAUUCCGAAUAGCAAAGCAGCAAAUUACAGAUCCAUCAUUGCUUUAAUCGACGACCGACUCAAUUUCUACAAAAGCGAAUCCGGGAUCAACAAUUUCUCACUAAUAGAGCUCCGAGAAGGCCGCUUAUAUAAGGAAUAUUCAGACCUCGCCAUGAUGGCCUCAAAAGUUGCUUAUGAGAAUGCUGCUUAUAUCAAAGAAGCGGUUACCGACCACUGGAAGAUGCACUUCGUAGGAUUCUACAGCUGCUGGAACAAAUUCCUGAAUAACAACACAACACAAGCUUUCAUCUUCACCGACAAGGCAGAGGACGCCAAGUUGAUCGUUUUGGCGUUCCGUGGCACGGAACCCUUCAAUGCCAGGGAUUGGAUCACCGACAUCGACCUCUCUUGUCUAUACAUGGGCAAGCUAGGUUAUGUUCAUAUCGGAUUUCUCAAGGCUCUCGGCAUUCAAGAUGAAACCGAUUGCCAAAAGGGCUUCCCGAAGGAACUCGACGUGAAACCCGACCAGCCCAUCGCAUACUACACGCUCAGAGAAGAACUACAAUCAUUGCUAAGGAAGCACAAAAGUGCAAAGAUAGUUAUAACUGGUCACAGCUUGGGAGGUGCACUUGCAACCAUCUUUCCGACUUUGCUAGGAAUGCAUGAUCAAAAUGAUGUCUUGGAGUCAUUGCUCGGUGUGCUAACCUUUGGGCAACCUAGGGUUGGAGAUGCUGGCUUCCGAGACUACGUCAACUCCCUUAUGGGAUCAAGUUACUAUAGGAUGGUGUACCGCUUCGACAUCGUCCCUCGAGUCCCCUUGGAUAUCCCGCGUAUCGCGCCUUUCAAACAUGGCGGCAUUUGCAUGUACUACAACGGGUGGUACACAAGAAAGGUGGUUGAAGAAGUCCCUGCUCCUAACUAUUUUGAUAAAGAAUACAUUGCCCCGGAGUAUGCAAAUGCUUGGGGUGACCUUAUCAAGGCUUUCUUCUUAGGGAUCACACAAGGAAAAUAUUUCAAGGAAGGGAUUAUCUCACUCCUCUAUAGGGCUAUGGGACUAAUUGUGCCUGGCGUUGCCUCUCAUAGUCCUAGAGACUAUGUGAAUGCUCGUAGACUAUCCAAGAUUGUUACCAAGACGCUCUUCUACGAUAAAUCUCUCUUUUAAUUGAACAUGAGAUCUUGCAGUAGAGAGGAACAUAUAUAUCUGAAGAGUAUGGUUUCAAGACGGUUGAUGUUGCAUAAGUAAUGCCGUCAUUUUCUUCCCCUUUAUGCCAAUGUUUAGGGCAUUUUUAACUUCUUCCCAUUUCCUGCAUACUAGCUAGCUAGCUUGCUAUUUAUCUACGUACCUUGUCCCGAGGGGAAGUUGGUCUAUAUAUAAUUAAAAGGCCUUCAAAGCUCUGAGGUUUAUUAA